AUCAGCAGGAGAAACACAGUGAUUACUUCUCCCUCUUUCAUCUGUCAGAACACAGCUGGUGAGGAGCUGACCUGAGAAUUAACAAAUGUCAGAACACAGUGGACGGUGCGUGACAGUGUCAGAAGCUUCUGCGGAUCUAGCAAAACGUAGCCAUUACCAAGGUCACCACCACUAUAAAUGGCUAGCGUUGCUUCCCAUUCUGCACAAACCCGCAAGCCAACAAAAACAGCUCUCUCUGGUCGGUAUUUAGGUUCAGCGUUCUCAUCCUACGAUGAGAUCACUGCUAGUUGUAGUUCUUCCCCUCCUGAUUCUUGUGAUUGCUGCCCAUGUAUCCCAAGCUGAUGACAAGGGCUCUGCUGGUGGAAAUGGGAAGGGCUCCCAUGGGAGUGGUGAUCAUAAAUCCAAUGGUGUAGGGCCAGUGAAAAAUCCACAUUGCCCCAAGCCAGGACGUGGUCCGAAUCCCCAUGACAAGGAUGGCCCGACCAACAAAGGUCGAGGACCACCAAACAAGGACUGCGACGAUGCAGAGACAACACCGUCAUCGCCUGAUGGAGCUGGGCCUUCACCAGACCAAGGUAAUGGUACGCCAUCACCACCGUCGUCCCCAUCUUAUUCUCCACCCAUGGCUCCAACCGACCAAACUAAUACUCAGCCACCUCCAUCUCCAUUAGAUUCUAGUCCUACUACACCACCGCCCUAUCAACCUAGCACUCAAUCUCCUCCACCGCCAUCACCAUCUAGCCCCUCACCACAAGCUCCAGCCACCUCACAAACACCUCUAUCUACUCCCCCUGUUACACCUCCAACAUACGAACCUAACAAUCAACCGCCACCACCUUCACUGAAUCCUCCAUCCAUUCCCCCAUCACCUCCAUCGAGCCCACCCACAGCACCUCCAGUGGAACCAACUAACGAGCAGCCUCCUCCAUCAUCACCAUUAUCAAGCCCUCCACCACAAGCUCCUGCUACACCUCCACCCUACCAACCUAGCGAUCAAUCCCCUCCACCGCCAUCAUCAUCUAGCCCCCCACCACUAUCUCCGGCAACCCCACAAACACCUCAAUCAAGUCCCCCUGUUUCACCUCCAACCUAUGUACCUAGCGAUCAACCACCACCACCACCACCAUUGAAUCCUCCAUCCAUUCCCCCACCGCCUCCAUCUAGUCCCCUUGUUUCACCUCCAACCUAUGAACCUAACGAUCAACCACCACCGUCACCAUUGAAUCCUCCAUAUAUUCCCCCAUUGCCUCCAUCUAGCCCACCCCCAACACCUUCAAUGGCCCCGAUUAAUGAGCAGCCUCCACCAUCACCGUCAUUUAGCUCCCCACCAAUAGCUCCCACUACACCUCCACCCUACCAACCUAGCAAUCAAUCCUCUCCACCACCACCAUCAUCUAGCCCCCCACAACUAGCUCCAGCCACCCCACAAACACCUCCAUCUAGUCCCCCUGUUACACCUCCAACCUACGAACCUAACGACCAACCGCCACCGCCUCAAUUGAAUCCUCCAUCCAGCCCACCUGUAGCACCUCCAAUGGGUCCAACUGAUGAGCAGCCUCCUCCACCAUCGCCAUCAUCUAGCCCCACACCAAUAGCUCCUACCACACCUCCACCCUACCAACCUAGUGAUCAAUCUCCUCCACCGCCGUCAUCAUCUAGCCCACCUCCACCAACUCCAACCACCCCACAAAUACCUCCAUCUAGUCCUCCUAUUACACCUCCAACAUACGAACCUAAUGACCAAUCGCCACCACCUUCAUUGAAUCCUCCAUCCAUUCCUCCACCACCUCCUUGUAGCCCACCCGCAACACCUCCAAUGGAACCGACUAAUGAGCAGCCUCCUCCACCAUCGUCGUCAUUGAGCCCUCCACCAGUAGCUCCUGCUACGCCUCCACCCUACCAACCUAGCGAUCAAUCCUCUCCACCACCACCAUCAUCUAGCCCUCCUGUUACACCUCCAACAUACGAACCUAACGAUCAACCUCCACCGCCACCUUUAAAUCCUCCAUCCAUUCACCCACCGCCUCCAUCUAGCCCACCUGAAACAUCUCCAAUGGCCCCAAUUAGUGAGCAGCCUCCUCCAGCAUCACCCACAUUUAGCUCCCCACCACCAAUAGCUCCUACAACACCUCCCCCUUACCAACCUAUUGAUCAGUCCCCCCCACCACAAUCAUCAUCUAGCCCCCCACCACUAGCUCCACCCACCCCACAAACACCUCCAUCUAGUCCCCUUGUUACACCUCCAACACAGGAACCUAACAAUCAACCGCCACCGCCUCCAUUUAAUUUUCCGUCCAUUUCCCCACCACCUCCAUCUAGCCCACUUGCAACAACUCCAAUGGCCCCAACUAAUGAGCAGCCUCCUCCACCAUCAUCGUCAUUUAGUCCCCCAUCAAUAGCUCCUACUACACCUCCACCAUACCAACCUAGUGAUCAAUCCCCUCCACCGCCGUCAUCAUCUAGUCCUCCACCACUAGCUCCAGCCACCCCACAAACCCCUCCAUCUAGUCCCCCUGCUACAUCUCCAACCUACGAGCCUACCGAUCAACCACCACCGCUACAUUGCCAUAAGCCCGGACGUGGUCCAAAUCCCCAUGGCGGUGAUGGUCAUAGUAAUAACGGUCGAGGACCACCAGAAAAGGAUUGCAGUGAAGCAGAGACAUCACCGCCAUCGCCCGAGCCAUCCCCAAACCAAGGUAAUGGUUCGCCAUCACCACCGCCACCCCAGUCUUAUUAUCCACCCAUGGCUCCACCUCCAUUAGAUUCUAGUCCUCCUACACCACCACCACCAUACCAACCUAGUGAUCAAUCCCCUCCACCCCCGUCAUCCUCUAGCCCC